AAAAGGACAUAUUUCCCGCGACUGUCCAAACCGAACUGGACAAGUCAAUAAUCGAAUAAAUGUUGAGCAAAAUAGCCAACAAAGAGAUCCUGAAAUAAGAGAAGCUGAUGUUCUAUUGUUUAAGGUGACAGAACAAACAGUACCAAAAAAGUAUGAAUAUUUUAGGAUAUAA